AUGAAAUAGAGAUUCGUUACAUGUCUUUUCUCCAUAUUUUGUUUUGAAUUCUAAAUUUGAAAGUUAUCGUAAAAGGAAAUGUAUCUUGAUUGAAAUAUAAUUCAAAAUAUUCAAAUUUUACAGUUUUAAACAGAGUGGCUGAAAAGCAAACAUGCAUUUCGAACAUCGACCAUUAAAUAUUCACUGAAAAUAACAUCUGUUUCGUAGUGUAGAAAAUGAAUUUUUGGAUGAAAAAAUUGAACUGUAAUGUUAUUAUGAGAAACCGCCAUGGACAUUUUUAAUUUUCUCCCUUAAAUAUUCAAGAUUCAAAAGGAACUGCUUUAUUUUAAUUAAUGAAAGUAUUAGUCAAAAAUUUGGAGGAGUCAUGUUUCAUCGGUAUUCAAAUUCUUUUCAAAUGUUUUACAAAUCUUUUCAUCUACUUCAUUGUUUACAUUUUUACAAAACAAAUAGCUGGAACUUCAUUCGAAAUGCGAGUAUAGGCAAAAAACUGUCAAAAGCAAAUAAAUAUGACGUACAAAGUGCAUAUGGCGCACUUGACAAAAAAUCAUCAUCACGCUUGAAACAACAUGAUUACUUUUAUCUUAGUGACCCUAUUAGUGCUGAUAUCAUUGCAUAUCAUUUAUGUGAAAAAUGGGAUGAUGGUUAUGUAUUUGAAGUAAAUCCUGGGCCUGGUGUUCUAUCAAAGGCUCUUUUAAAGGCAGGAGUUCCUUGUUUGCGAGUAUUUGAAAAGAAUGAAGUUUUUUUGUCUGAACUGAAGUUCACCCAAUCUAGAUCUUUGCAAUUCCUCUCAGCCCCCUUGAACACCAAGUGCCUUUUCUUUCCCUAUGUGCAGCAGGAACUUUCUAAACAGCAUAGUAAUUUUGAAAUCAUUGAAGAAGAUUUUCUGUUUUUACCAUCUUUAGAAGCUAAAACUUUUGAUGAUGAUUCUGUUAGUUACUUAGAUGCCUUUUUCAAAGAUGUUCCAAAGCUAUCUUGGGAAGAAGGUGCUCCUUUUAGAAUUUUUUCUAUCAUCUCUAACAAGAAGAGUAUUAGAUUUUCCAGAUUUUUAUUAGCUGCGUUAUCAAACAGAUGUUCCAUAUUCUUUUAUGGCCGCUGUGAACUUUUCCUUGUACUAUCUCAUUCAGAAUAUUUGUAUUUGAUGGCAGAGCCGAAAGAAAAUUUUGCUAUAUACCGAUGGUCUACUGUUCUUUACAGGUCGUUUUUUGAAAUUUCUGUUUUGAAUAAGUUUACUCCUGAUAUUUUUUCUCCUUCCCCUUCUCGUCAUGGUAAAAAAAAGAAUGAAGAAAACAAUUUUUAUUUGGUGAAAUUCAUACCAAGAUCUGAUUUAUUUUCUUCACUUGUGAAUAAUAAUAAACUUCAAGAUUUUUAUUUUUUUAUUCGACACCUUCUUGUUAAGAGAACUGGACUUGUUAUUCCUACUAUGGAAGGUUGGGUUCCUUCAUGUGGUCCACGAUUGAUUAAAGAAGGCAUGAAUGUUUUUACCAGAUUUGGUGACCUCAGUCCAGAACAACUCCUGAUGCUUUUCAAUCAAUUUUCUUCAUGGCCUGAAUAUGAAGAAUCAACAUUCCAUGUCUCUUUAAGAAGAUAUUAUGGAAAAAAGUCUUUUCCUUUUGAUGAUGAUGAAAAUUUAUAGAAUAAGCUGUUGCAAAUACAAAUUGUUAUUUCAUUGACACUGUCAGUGUGAUGUCUUAUUUAUUAAAUGAAAGAAAGCAAAAUUGUUUUUCUGAUUUUCUAAUAUUAAAUAAAUAAUUUCGAGCACUUUC